CUUCUGCGAUGUUUGUCCAGUUUCUCCUCCUGGGAUUUCUCCACGGCCUCCCAUCCAAAGAUUAACCAAGUCCGAUCACGUUUAGUUUUUUCGGGGUUAGCCAAACCUACAGCAUUUUAUUACGUUUUACCCUGUAAAGAACAUGGCACAAUCGCACGGAACAAGCGGCUUCUUCCUGGAGAUGCCUCCAUCUUUUAAAGGGAACCGACGCAAGCUAAACCUUUUGCCACAGCACCAACCGAGAGGAGCCACCGCGGCGUUUCGCUCCGUCCUCCCCGAAAGAAGGCAACAUUCCCUUGGGCGGCCGAGCGCGUGCGCACACGCCCCGGACGCUGUGGCGUCACUUCUCCAGCGCACGCGCGCCAGUCGGUGGGGACGGGGAUCGCGGGGGACCUUUGCUCGCUGUCGGUUGGCGUAGCCUUGCUGGCCGGUGCCCCGCGGGGGGCGCUUGCUGGCACGCUUCUCCCUCCCGCGGCGGCCCGUUCGGAGGCGGUUGCUCUGCUGCUUCGGGCUCAGGCACGGUUUCCUGAACGGACAUCCAGAGCGGAGCCGCGCGGUUCGCGCAAGCUGGUUGAACCGUCAGUGAUUAGCAGUAGUGAAAUAUCAAAAUGAGUCGCCGUCGAAAGCGUGCUCCUCCCGUGAGGAUGAAUGAAGAGAAAAAGAAGCAACUCUGCUGGAAUAUGCAUGAUGACCAGAAAAAUGAAAUGAUAGAUUUAGAUGUGGUGGAUGAAGACCAUCCUGUUGCAGGUACAAGUUCAUCUUCUGCUGCACUUGUUGUGAUAAAUGAUGAUAGUGGGGAUGAAGACUUGACUCACAAAGAAAAGAAUCUAAAAUCCCCAAGCUUCUCAACAUUCAUAGAUGAAGCAGAAGAUUCUUGUCAUCCAUUGCCAUCUAUAUCCAUACAGCUAAAUAUUUUGAUACUUCCUUAUCAUCCUGAUCCUCCCUGGAAAACCUUGCUUGGAGAAUUUACACUUCAGCUUCUUCCUGAACAGUAUUUAAAUGAGAAUAUCCAGAAAAGGGGGUUGACCUUGAUGACAGCAGAAUUUAGUGAUCAUCUGCAUAUUCUUGUCCAUGCAAAUGAUACUAUAAAGGUGGACAAAGGGGAAGAAUCAUUACAGAGUACUUAUGAAGUAGAUGUGUUAGUUGAAUCAUCUUUAAAUAAUGAAAUUUUGGAAAAUUUAAUGUGGCUGCAGAAGAAAAAAAUAAUUGUACUGUAUCAAAGACCUGGAGAUGCUCGCUAUUUAAAGGUUGGAAUAUAUCUCCUUGAACUUGGCAUAAGUAAAUUAGAAUUCCUUAGUGAUGGUGGGGGAAGAAUAAGAAAGGCCAAUCAACUUCUUCAGAAACUGAUGGAAAAAUUUUACCACUUUGUAAUUCCAGACAUUCUGGAAGAAGAUGAGGAGUCUGACAGGGAUAUAGAACGUCAAAAUAUUGAAGAGCUGUAUGACUAUGUGAGGCAUGUACACCAAAAAGAGAUAAAGUUUUUAAAGGAGAAUGUACAACAUUCUGCAUUGAUUCCUGUACUUAGGCCAUAUCAAAGUGAGGCUGUAAAUUGGAUGCUGCAACGUGAGAACUUUAGAAAUAUACCUACCAAUGAAAAUGCCCUCCACUAUUUAUGGAGAGAGUUUAGUACUCUAGAUGGACUAAAGCUCUACUAUAAUCCUUUUACUGGCUGUGUGAUUCGUGAUCGACCUGUUGCUGGGCCUCGGUGGCCUGGUGGCAUAUUAGCAGAUGAGAUGGGCCUUGGAAAAACAGUAGAAGUCUUGGCUCUUAUUUUGACACACACUCGUAAGGAUGUCAGACAAGAUGCUCUGAUGUUACCAGAGGGGUUUUUAGUAAACUUCUUUGUUCCACCUCAACCUACUGAAGGAAGUAAAAAGAAAAACAUAAUGAAAAUGGAAUUUACAUUGAAGGAAAAAGUUCAGUAUCCCAGUUUGCGAGUGAUGCUUUUAACAGCUAUAAAAGAAAUGAAUGUGAAGAAGGGAGCAUCCAUUGUUGCAAUUUUUAAGUAUGUCCAUGCCAUAUAUAAAUAUGAUGUUCAGAGAAACCGUCGGAUUCUUAAAAGAACUUUGGAAAAAUUAAUUGCAGAGAAGGUAGUAGAGCAGGUCAAAGGCCAUGGUCUUGCUGGCUCUUUCAAGUUGGGCAGAAACUACAAGGAACAGAUGUUUUGUAAUAGGUCCAAAAAACAGAAAAUGCAAACUUCAAAUAGGUCUCAGAAGAAAAUUUUGCCAGACCAUAACACAGAAAUCAAAGAAUUGGAUGAUAAGGAUGCAUGUUCUACAAAUGUUCUAAAGUUACCUCAGGCGGUAGACAUUACAGCAGAAGAGCAUGAUUACUGUGCAACAAAGAAAGAUAUUAGUGAAUCAAACCUGGAUUCUGAGAGUUGGAAAACUAAAGAAGAUUCUCAGUGUAGACCAACUGACAAUGUGCUUGUAGCCAAAGAUGGGAUAUGCUGUAGUGUUGCUGUACCUAAAAAUGAUGAAACUGAAGAGAUGCAGGAUAUCUUAGAAGACCAGUCCUCAGUCUGUCAAGAACACACUAGCAUCUUUAAACAACACCCUGGUUCUAUUUUUCCAUUCAACACCUCUGAUUACCGCUUUGAAUGCAUCUGCGGUGAGCUUGGCUUGGUUGACUAUAAAGCUCGCGUGCAAUGCCUGAACUGUCACCUGUGGCAGCAUGCUGAGUGUGUGAAUUAUAAAGAAGAAAAUCUUAAGAUCAAGCCCUUUUACUGUCCCCAUUGCCUUGUAGCAAUGAAACCAGUUCCUACAGGAGCAACUCUCAUCAUCUCUCCAAGUUCAAUCUGCCACCAGUGGGUUGAUGAAAUUAAUAGGCAUGUGAGAUCAUCUUCCCUUCGUGUGCUGGUUUAUCAAGGAGUGAAGAAGCAUGGCUUCUUGCAGCCCCACAUCUUAGCAGAGCAGGAAGUAGUGAUCACUACAUAUGAUGUCCUCCGUUGUGAGCUGAAUUAUGUCGACAUUCCACAUAGCAAUAGUGAAGAUGGGCGCCGUUUCAGAAACCAGAAACGUUAUAUGGCCAUUCCUAGUCCUUUGGUAGCUGUGGAGUGGUGGAGAAUUUGCCUAGAUGAAGCACAGAUGGUAGAAUGCACCACUGCAAAGGCUGCAGAAAUGGCACUCCGAUUGAGUGGAAUCAACCGCUGGUGUGUCAGUGGCACACCGGUACAGCGAGGACUGGAAGAUUUGUAUGGAUUAGUACUGUUCCUUGGUGCUGAUCCUUACUGGGUCAAAUAUUGGUGGGAUCAGCUUCUGUAUCGACCAUACUGCAGGAAAAACACACAGCCUCUCUACAACUUCAUAGCCAAGAUAAUGUGGAGGUCAGCAAAGAAGGACGUGAUUGACCAAAUUCAGAUUCCUCCUCAGACAGAAGAUAUACAUUGGCUUCAUUUUUCUCCUGUGGAGAGACAUUUUUAUCAUCGCCAACAUGAGGUGUGCUGCCAGGAUGCGUUGGUAAAGCUCAGGAAGAUCUUGGAUUGGUCCCUCAAACUUAGCAGCUUGGAUAGGAGGACUGUGACUUCCAUUUUGUACCCUUUGCUGCGUCUGAGACAGGCCUGUUGUCAUCCACAAGCUGUUCGUGGAGAAUUUUUGCCUCUACAGAAAAGCACAAUGACAAUGGAAGAGCUUCUAACAUCUCUGCAGAAAAAAUGUCGGAUAGAAUGUGAAGAAGCCCAUCGCCAAUUGGUGUGUGCUCUUAACGGCUUAGCUGGUAUUCAUAUUAUUAAAGGAGAAUAUGCUUUGGCUGCUGAUUUGUAUAGAGAGGUACUACGUUCCUCUGAGGAGCACAAAGAGAAGCUCAAAACAGAUUCAUUGCAAAGACUUCAUUCUACACACAAUCUGAUGGAACUUCUGGCAGCAAAUCAUCCUGGGAUAUCACCCACUUUACGAGAUGGCAGACUUAAGGAAGAGUGUGAACAGCUCCGCCAGCAUUAUAUGAGUAAAUCAAACGCAGAAGUUGCUGAAGCUCACCAGGCUUUGCAACCAGUUAUACAGACAAUUCAUGAACUCCAAAGGAAAAUACGCUCCAGUUCACCUUGGUGGUUGGAUGUGAUUCAAUCAGCAAUACAGUAUGCGAUAGAUGAGGAGCUUGUACAGCGAGUGCAAAAUGAUCUAACCAGCAAUUACAAACAGCAAAUGAAUAAACUCUCUAUGGCAGAUAAAUUCCGUGACUGCAGAGGACUGCAGUAUCUGCUGACAACUCAAAUGGAAGAAGUGAAGAAACUGCAGAAGCAAGUGAGAGAGGCUGUGAAAAAUCUGGAAGGACCUCCUUCCAAAGAGGUUAUUGAGGCUGCCACUAUCUGCCAUCUGCGGCCUGUAAGAUUGCCGCUAAACAACUGUGUCUUUUGCAGAGCUGAUGAAUUGUUCACAGAAUAUGAAUCAAAACUAUUCUCCCACACUGUAAAAGGCCAGAUGGCGAUCUUUGAAGAAAUGAUAGAAGAUGAAGAAGGCCUGGUUGAUGAUCGUUUGCCUACCACCAGCAGAGGUCUCUGGGCAGCAAGUGAAACCGAGCGGUCCUUGAAAGCUAUAUUGUCUUUUGCCAAAGCUCAUAGAAUAGAUUCCAAGGCAAUUGAAGAAGGCAACAUCUUCCUGGAACUUUUUGAAGCAUGGAAAAAGGAGUAUAAGUUGCUUCAUGAAUAUUGGAUGGUCUUGAGAGACCAUGUUUCUGCCAUUGAUGAACUUGCCAUGGCCACUGAACGUCUUAGAAUGCGUCAUCCAGAGGAGCCAAAACCCAAUCAUCCUGUUCUUCACAUAAUUGAGCCACAUGAGGUAGAACAAAAUCGAGUGAAACUUUUGAAUGACAAAGCAGUUGCCAAAUCACAGCUCCAGAAGAAACUAGGCCAGCUACUCUACCUCACUAAUUUAGAAAAGUCUCAAGAUAAAACAACUGGAGGAGUUAAUCCAGAACCCUGCCCAAUUUGUGCACGGCAGCUGGGAAAACAGUGGGCAGUGUUGACAUGUGGACAUUGUUUCUGCAAUGAGUGCAUAGCUAUUAUUAUAGAACAAUAUAGUGUUGGCACCCGCAGAAGUUCAAUCAAGUGCGCCAUCUGCAGGCAAACAACUUUACAUAAAGAAAUCUCCUACGUCUUCACAGCAGAGACUGCAAACCAGGAGGAUGAUAUACCUGUGAAGGGAAGCCACUCAACUAAAGUGGAAGCUGUGGUUAGAACUUUAAAGAAAAUUCAGUUCAAAGAUCCAGGGGCAAAAUCUCUAGUUUUCUCAACGUGGCAAGAUGUGCUUGAUAUCAUUGCAAAAGCUUUACACGAUAACAACAUGGACUUUGCUCAAAUCAAUGGAAUUCACAAAUUUCAGGAAAACCUCUCUGCAUUUAAAUAUGAUCCCAAGAUCAACAUACUGCUUUUGCCUCUCCAUACGGGUUCUAAUGGUCUAAACAUAAUUGAAGCAACUCAGGUACUGCUGGUUGAGCCCAUAUUGAAUCCAGCCCAUGAGUUACAGGCCAUUGGCAGAGUGCAUCGUAUUGGGCAAACUAAGCCCACCAUUGUUCAUAGAUUCUUGAUUAAAGCAACAAUAGAAGAACGUAUGCAGACAAUGAUGAAAACUGUAGAAAGAAGUCACUCUAAUUCUUCCAUGAAACAGUCGGAGGCCUCUGUGUUAACUGUAGCUGAUUUGGCAGAUCUUUUCUCAGAAGAAACUGAAGAACUUGAAUGAAACAAUCUAUUUCAGAUUCACUGAGGUUGGAAGGGGGCCAUGACCUAUCUGAUUUCUAAGUAACACAAUAAUAUGAGUUAACUUUCAGGAAUUCCUGUACAUGUCACCAACUACUCAUUCAUUUUAGGAUGAUGUAUUGGUAAAUAAUUUUGGUUCUGUGAUUGUGAAUUACUUCAGAAUAUUAUUUUGGUUAAUCAAAAUGCACUUUAUUUAGAAAUUAAUAAACUAUAACUUUGUACUUCCAAAGAACCUAAGCACCAUAAUCCACCUUGAAUUGUGCAUAAAAUUGUUAUUUCAGUGUAGUUUGUUACAUCAGAAAAUUUAUAUGCACAUCCAGUUGAAACCAGUGGGAGCAAAUAGAUGGCAUCCAUGUUCGGUUCCAUAUAUGAUUUAGGCCUAGAAUUCCUGAACUAAGAGAAUUAAAUAAGAGACACAUAUGGUUGUUCUUUGCUGGAUCAAGGUGUUCAGCUAAACACUGAAGGAAUAAUAAUUUGUAUGGCAAGAAGGACAUAAUGAAUCAAGUAUUGUCUCCAUUUUAUUUUUGCAGUUAAUUAUUAAAAUAAGUUUCAAAAUAAGCUGUUACAUUUUUGAAAGGACUUCUAGCGGUGCUCCCAUGUUAUCAUGCAAGUAGCAGUUUAUCAGUUAACCUUAACCUGCAAAUUUUUAGAAACCAUUUUAGUUUUGUAAUGGUAUUUAUGCUAUGAUAUUCCAAUUUAAAUUUUUGUUUUUUCUUGUUUACAUGUUUGCUGUUAAUAUGUGCUAUUCUCUUUGUAAAUUAUGUCUUUUGUAUGAUCUGUCUUAAAAUGAUAGCUAAACACAUCUGUUUAUCAGAUUUUUAAAGAUUCUUAAAAUUGUAUUGUUUUGUUUAAAAUUUGGGUAUUUGUAUUCUGUUAAAAAUGGUAACACUUCCUCUUACAUUUAACUUUGAUAUGACUGUGAACAAAGUAUGACAAACUUGUAAAUUACUAAUUUUGUUGUAUUGCUUGUUCAUUUUUAAUAGCAAAAUACUAGUAAUUAAUAUUAGACAUAAAAAAUUAAAUGUAUCCAAACAGUGGUGAAUUUAAUAGUAGUUAAACUAAUCUUGCUGAGAUUUUAUAUGAAUUUCUUAGAUAGUAUCUGUAUAGAAUGAUCAUUAAAAUUGAUGGCUAGAGAUAGGGAAAGACUAGGAUGCAGAUUUAAAGUAAUAUUUCAAGGCUGAAAGUUUCAUUGUGGAUAUUUUAUGUUGCCAACCUUCCUUCCCGAGCAUUACCCCUCUCCCACCUUUAUAUUUAUUAUGUAUUACUAACUUGGAGGCCUAUUUUUAAGUAAAGGCAACAGCAAACACAUAUGCAGGUGUACAUAGAAAGAAUGUUUUAUACCAAGUUCAGUCCCACCUUCAUUUUCUUACAAGUUUACCUAAUCAAGCUCAGUAUGUUACAGGUAGUCCUUGGGUUACAUCCAUUUGUUCAGUGACCAUUCAGAGUUAUGAAGGCAGUGAAAAAAUGGACUUACAAUUGGUCCUCGAAGUUCUGGCCAUUGCAGCAUCCCUGUGGUCACGUGAUCGCAAACCGGGCACUUGGUGACCAGCCCGCAUUUACAACUGCUGUCACCACCCCCAGCUGACCUUCAUCUUCUUUGCCUACCUCCCUUCUGUUGGGAUCGCCAACACUGGCUGGCCUCAAGCCCUACGGUACGGGGCUUCGUUGGCCAUGCUGUGCAGGGCACCUUCGCUGCUGCCUGCCUUUCCAGCUGCCUUGCCAUGCGGGAAGCCCUCAGCCAAGUAGUUGCCAGGAAUUACCAGUAGGUAUCCUGGCCAUGUGUGGGGGAGGCACUGUGGAAUUGUCCCAACUUCACCGAUCAGUGUGAGGAUCACCUGGUCGGCAGUGGCAUGCAAUGUGAUGCGAUGGACUCGCAGCUUUGGCCCUUUCCCUUCCUGGCAGAGCAGUGGCACCUGCCCACACUCCCCACCACCUGCCUGCAGCACCUGCCUGUGCUUCCUAGUGCCUGUGCAUGGCAUUUGCCCCCACUUAUCCUCCUUAGUGCCCACCCACGGCACCCAUUCCCUAGUGCCUGCCCACCCGUAGCUCUCAUCUGCUGGCCUGCUUGCCUGGGACUCCCGUCUCUUCCCAUGUUGUAGUCAUGUGAGGUCCUCACUUAAUGACCUACCUGGUCCUGGACUUAUGACUAACUGGGACUGCCAUUGCUAAGCAAUGCGGUCACAUGACAUCACGCUUUACUACCGCAUUGCUUAGCGACAGAAAUUCUGGUCCCAAUUGCCAUCAUAACCCGAGGACUACCUGUAUGAUGUUAAGACCCAGACAUGAUAGCAAAAGGUUUUCACAACUUUAUACCUUUAGGAUUUUUGGAACAGGAAGGCUGGGUUUUUGCUUCCCCUUUAUGCAGAAAAUUGGACAGUGUGCAUGUAUUAAUACAACAUAUUGAGAAAAGCCAAAUAUAUUGAAAAAAUAAUAGAGCAGAUAUAACUGAUUUGCAUUUUUAGAUUUGGAACCUUGAACAUCAUUUGAUUCAGCCACCUUUGCAAAAUUUGAUUUGGUUGAAUCAUUUACUCUUGCACAUAGUAAGUAAUUCCUAUCUUUUAACAUGGGAAUAAGUAAUUUAACUACCAGGUUUGAUAGGAAGACAAAAAAUAGAUGGCAAAUCUGAGUUCUCCCACACUGUCAAUAAUUGAAUCUUCCUAUUUUUGGAAAUGUAUUCUGAGACUUAAUGGGAACUGUCCUUGGUUUAGGGUUGGAGUAGAGAUUCCUUGGGGCUUAGUGGCUUGGCAGUGUGUCCUUGGUUGCUGGAACUAGGGUUUGUGCUUGGAUGGUAUGUAAACAUGAUUUUAUUGUAACUAACUUUCACUGCUUAUUUUUAAUUAAACUUUUUAAGUAUCAGUUUAAUUUUUUUUAAAAAAAAUACCUUUUAUCAUUUAGAGCAGGUAAGAUAUACAAAAACCUGGAAAUAACAGGCACUUUCUCCAUCAAACAAGCAAUGUUUCUGUGUUUCUCAUUUAUCUAAAUUGCAAGCUUGUUGGGUCAGUUGUGACAAAAGUUUCUACCAUUUCAGGCAGUCUGGAGACUUGGCCGGCAAAGCAUCUCUGUCAGGAGAACCAGCUUUUUUCUUCCUUUUUUGGUUGC